ACUUCCUCUCCAGCUUGGGUGAAUAAAAAGCAGGUGGAUUCCCCUCUCAGUUCACUCCUUUUCCUCUUCUUGCAGUCUGACUGGUAAUCAUGAGCAAGAACUUCUUGUCCAGACAUGAUGAGCUCCGCAAGGGAGACUCUCUGGUGUCCAACAACGGAGAGUUUAAGGCUAUCUUACAGGAGGAUAGUAACUUUGUGGUCUAUGGCUGGCAGCCUGUCUGGGCUUCAGACACUAAUGGGUCAGACGCUUUCCGCCUGGUCAUGCAGGAUGACUGUAACCUGGUCAUGUACAGCAAGAGUGACAAAGCCUUGUGGAGUUCAGACUCUUACGGACCUAACACCGACAGGUCUCGCCUUCAGCUGACCGAUGAUGGCAAACUGGUGGUGAGCAAGGGUUCAAAUGAAGUCUGGAACUCUUCUCAUUCCAGAGGCAAGAAGUGAUUCAUUGUGUUUGAAAAUCAUGUUUUGAAGUCCAUUUGAUUCACCAUUUCACAUGCCUGUUAUGUAAUUGGGAUCAAAUAAAAACACUUUCAUAAACCAUA